CCGCUAUUCACUGCCGGAGGUCUUCAUCGGAGCUUCGGACGGAAGGCCCGUACCUUUACUACCAAGUAAUCCACUCAAAACCGCCCACACCCUCUUCAAGACUUCAGGCAACUGACCUGUGCAACCAUGAACAGGCCUAUUUGGACAUUGCCUUUGAGCAAGCAUACGAUAAAUAAACUGGACAAACUAGGAUACAAGUGUUGUGAAGAUUUGCUAGAUGCAUUGGACGAUCCUGAAAAAAAAUCAAAAUUUUUACGAAAACAUAUGGAAUCAGAAUCUGAAAUCCGUGAUAUGCUAAGAACUCCCAAAUACAAGACCGCUGCAGAACUAGACAUUGAACGCGAUAGUAUUGCUACCUUCUGCAAGUCCAUUGAUGAACUUUUGAACGGCGGUGUACAAGUUGGACGAAUAACAGAACUGUCCGGAGCUCCAGGCUCGGGCAAAAGUCAGUUGAGCAUGCAACUCUGUGUUUCCGUUCAAAUACCUGUGUGUUUUGAAGGACUACAAGCCGAAGCAAUUUAUGUCGAUACAAAUUCAAAUUUUUCCGAACUUCGACUAACAGAAAUGAUCGACGCUUUCCUCGGCCAUGUGUCUAAAGUGUUGUCGGGACCCAACGAUUUCAAAGGAGCAGCCAACAGCGAGUUGCUAAAGAGUCUGACCACCGCUGGUAUGCUGAGUAAAAUACACAGGGUUCAAAUGAAUGACCUAAACCAGCUGCACGCUUUGUAUACGACUCUCGAACGUCACCCGAACGUGAAAUUAAUCGUGGUGGACAGUUUUGUCAUGCCGCUGUACCAGGUGGAAAAUUCGCUGAGAAAGAAUACGCUGGUCCACAGCGCUCUCGAUCUGUUGCAAACGAUCGCUGUCGAACACGAUCUGGCCGUGUUACUGACUAACGAUCUGACGACCGCGGUCACCGAAAACGGCACGGAAGUAUUUCCGGCGUUAGGCGAAUCGUUCGGCCAUCGCGUUCAGUAUAGACUUCUGCUGAGCAAAAUUCCCAACCGGCCAAACGAGUACACGGCGCUGCUGAAGAAAAGCGUCGAACACGGUCGUUCCGCAGCUCGAUUUACUAUUACAUUGGACGGAGUGCGCGAUCUGACAACGGAACAACCGCUGCAGUAGGUAGCUGAGUGCUGACAAAGGAAUGAUCGAAAAUUAAAAAAAUCUAAGUGUUAUUGUGAUGCAGUGUUAGCCGGACAUACACAUGAGAUACUACAUUUAUUUUAAAUUAAACUAUAUUACGUGAAUAGAAAUAAAAUAAUUUACAUAAUAAAACCAAAAUAAUUUUUUUUAAA